UGGGUCACAGUUUAUAUUGUUACUGUUUGACCUGUGUGUUUUGUUUUGUUUUGAUCUUGUUGAUCAAUUCUUAAUUUCUCUCAUGGAGUUUGGGAGAUUUGUUUGGCUUCAAAUCUUGUUGGUGUUCUUUUGCUUGUGUUUGUCAUCCAUAGAAGGAUACAAAUUCUAUGUUGGUGGGAAAGAUGGGUGGGUUGUGAACCCUUCUCAGAGCUACAGCCUCUGGGCUGAGAGAAACAGGUUCAACAUCAAUGACACACUACAUUUCAAGUACAAGAAGGGGUCAGACUCGGUGCUCGUCGUGAACAAAGACGACUACUUCAGCUGCAACACCCAAAACCCUAUUCAGAAACUCGACGGUGGCGACUCAGACUUCACCCUCGAUAGGUCUGGACCUUUCUACUUUAUCAGUGGCCAAAAUGGUAAUUGUCAAAAGGGUCAGAAGCUUCUUGUUAUUGUCUUGGCCCCGAGGCACCCCAAGCCACCAGUCCUCCCUCCUCCUACUACUAGCCCUACCGCUCCUGGCCCUGGCCCUACCACUCCUACUAGCCCUACCGCUCCUCCGCAGCCCUACCACCCUCCUGCUGCGUCCCCACCACAAGGGCCCGGGCUACCCCCAGCUGCUGGAGGCCCGGUCUCUCUAUCUCCAUCACCAGUGAUUACAACUCCUCCAUCUGCUUCACCAGGGCCAGGGUCAUCACAACCGUCGCCGUCGCCGUCAACCUCUCCGGUUCCAGCUCCGUCAACCAACACUCCAACAUCAUCUCCGGUGCCAGCUCCGGCGUCAGGCUAUACUCCAACUACUUCUCCACCCGCACCGCCUACGGAGGGGCCCGCACCUACUCCAUCUGGCGUGCCUGGGGGGCCCACACCUCAGGGAAGUGUUACUUCUCCACCCGCACCGCCUCCGGAGGGGGCCGCACCUACCCCAUCUGGCGUGCCUGGGGGGGCUACACCUACUCCAUCCGGCCAGCCUGCGGGCCCGCCGGGAAGUGUUACUUCUCCGCCACCAGGGUCCCAGGAAGCGACUCCCCCGUCAAAUAAUGGAGCGUUACGUGGAGUAGCGGAUCCUUCGAUUGUGUUGGUGUCUUUGGCUGUUGUUCUGGUCAGUGUGGCGCUCUCAUGAAAUGGAUUUGUGCAGGGUUGAAAUUACGGGGGAAUAAAUAAAUAAAGAUAGUGUGAGGGGUUUAUUUAAUUUGAUGAUUUAUUGGGGGAUGUUUUGUUAAUUAGUUAAUUUUCUAUCAUUUUUCAUUUUAUACCUUAGAACUCAACAGAGAAUUUGUUUCGGUCGGGUUAAUUCGUAUUUGUUUAUCCUAGUUUAAUAAUAUGAUUUAUUAUAGAAUUA